UUGUAUAAAAAUGAAUAUUAAUAUGAGAGAAUUAGAUGAAUAUUCUUGUGUAAAAAAGUUAUAUAUAAAAAAAUGUGAAAAUAAUGAUAUACAAAAAGAAAAUGAUAUAAACAAGAAAAAUAAGAAAAAACAUAAAAAGAAAAAGAAACAAUCAAUUAUUAGUAGUAUUAUAAAUGAUGAGGAAACAUAUAGAAAUGAUAAUAAUUAUAAUAAUUAUUAUAAUAUUAUAGAUAAUUUGAAUUAUAAGAUACAUGAAGAAAAAAGUAAUAAUAAUAAUAAUAAUGUAAAUACUGAAAAUAGUUUAUUACCUUAUACAAAUGAUGAAAAAAUAAAUAAUACGAAUAAUCUAAAUAACUUUGGUCCCAUAAUAAAAAAAUCAGAUGAUAAUAUAUUAAGUAGUGAUGUAUUGAAACAUAUAAAAACUUUAGACAUUUAUAAAAAAAUCAAAAAACCGAAAUGGCAUUUCCCUUAUAAAUUAUAUAGAGUAAUUUUAGGACAUUCUGGUUGGGUUAAUUGUGUUGAUGUUGAUAUAAGUAAUGAAUGGUUUGCAACUGGAUCUAAUGAUCGUUUAAUUAAGAUAUGGGAUUUGGCUAGCUGCAAAUUAAAAUUAACAUUAACAGGUCAUAUUAAUAGUAUUAGAGAUAUAAAAAUAUCUAAAAAAAAUCCUUAUCUUUUUAGUUGUGGUGAAGAUAAUAGAGUAAAAUGUUGGGAUUUAGAAUAUAAUAAAGUAAUAAGAGAUUAUCAUGGACAUUUAUCAGGUGUAUAUUGUUUAUCACUACAUCCAUCUUUAGAUUUAUUAAUGAGCGGGGGAAGGGACGCUGUUGUGAGAGUAUGGGACAUAAGAACAAAAAGUUCUGUUUUUGUAUUAUCUGGUCAUACAGGUACUGUUAUGUCUAUAUGUUCUCAAUCUGUAGAACCCCAAGUAGUUUCGGGUUCUCAGGAUAAAAUGAUAAGAUUGUGGGAUUUAAAUAAUGGGAAAUGUAGAAUUGCUUUAACGCAUCAUAAGAAAAGUAUAAGGUCUUUAUCUAUACAUCCAUUUGAGUAUAGUUUUUGUAGUUGUGGUACAGAUAAUGUAAAAGUGUGGUGUGGUGCGGAUGCAGAAUUUGAUAGAAAUAUUACAGGUUUCAAUUCUAUAAUUAACUGUAGUUUAAUUAAACAAGAUGCAUAUUUUAAUGAUUCUUCCAUUUUAAUAUUGGGAAGUAAUAAUGGACAAUUACAUUUUUAUGAUUGGUCAAGUGGAUAUAAAUAUGAUACGUUAUCAAAUAAAGUUGUACCUGGAACGGUGGAAUGUGAAAAUUCAACCCUUUCGAUGGCUUUUGAUAAAAGUGAAAGUCGAUUGAUCACAACACAUGGAGACAAAUCAAUUAAGAUUUGGAAGGAAAAUGAAGAUGCAACUCCAGAGAAUUUCCCGAUAAAAUGGAAUCCUUAUGAAAAUUUUAAAUUUUAA